GGCCUGUAAUAAGAAAACCAUGGCUCUCAAAAUGCAUUUAUUUGUGUUUUUAUUUGCAUUUAUACUGGUGCUCUUCUUCUCUGCUCUGGGUGAAGGCCGAUAUCUCUCAGAAGACCAACCUUCAAAAGGCUAUGGAUCUGUCAAACUAACUAAGCAGUCGCCUCCACCUCCAGGAAAACGUCCUAGUCGUAAGUCUCCUCCUCCUCCGCCUCCGCCGCCGCCGCCUCCUUUCGUUCCUCCGCCUCCGGAGUACAAAGCAUGCUGCCAAAAUAGUUGCUGUGCAAGGAAUAGCGUUUCCUUCUGCUGUUCAAGGCAAUGAUAGGGGUUGAAAGAGUCCUGUUCCGACUUUGAAAUACAUUACAUUAAACAAACUGCGAUUUCCUUCAAUAAAGUAUGAAUCUUCUGUUUAGAUUAUUCGCCAGUUUGCGAUGCUUCUUAAUCGUUGACUGUUUAAUCAACACUUUGAUUAAAUGUGCGCUGGGAUUUUGUCUAGUUGUGGUGAGCAUCCAUUUUCGAUU